AAACGACCUAUUGAAAAGGAAGGGAGAGAGACAGUGAAAGUGGGUGAGAGCGAGGGACAAAACGAGGUGGGGGUUGUAGCCUAAAAGAAAAAGAGAAAAGGAGUUGGAAGGAAGGAGGGGAAUAGACAGCCAUUACCGAAUCACAGUCGGGGUAUUCAUCUCUCAUCGUGGGUCAGUAUCCAUCCUACCAACGGCUGAUUUUGAUCUCUAAACAGUUAGCAUUUGAACGUGAGCCGGUGAAAGAGAGGGUAUCACGAGGAAGGCGAGCGGAGCAGCAGCAUCCCUGCCUCUGACACCCUGAUCCGGGAUUUGAAGAUCCUUAUUCUCCGGCGUGAUGGAGUCUUCGGACGAGGAGACGUUAAGCGAGCGUUCCUUCAGCGAGCGAUCGUUACGGAGUGAGCGCUCGGGGGGGUCUCUGUCCCCGUGCCCCUCCGGUCCCCAGGGCCCCCCAGGGGACACGCUGCCCUGGAACCUGGCACGCCACGAGAGGAGGAAGAGGAAGAGCCAGGACUCGGUGCUGGACCCGGCAGAGAGGGCAGUGGUGCGCGUGGCAGAUGAGAGAGACAGGGUGCAGAAGAAAACCUUCACUAAAUGGGUCAACAAACACCUCAUCAAGGUGAGGAAGCACAUCACAGACCUCUACGAGGACCUGAGGGAUGGACACAACCUCAUCUCCCUGCUGGAGGUCCUCUCUGGAGUCACCCUGCCCAGAGAGAAAGGCCGAAUGAGGUUCCAUCGACUCCAGAAUGUCCAGAUAGCCCUGGACUUUCUCAAACAGAGACAGGUCAAACUAGUGAACAUCAGGAACGAUGACAUCACGGACGGUAACCCCAAACUGACCCUGGGUCUGAUCUGGACCAUCAUCCUGCACUUCCAGAUCUCUGAGAUCUACGUGAGCGGGGAGUCUGGUGAUCUGACAGCCAAGGAGAAGCUGUUGAUAUGGAGCCAGCAGGCCACCGAGGGCUACCCUGGCCUGCGCUGCACCAACUUCUCCUCUUCCUGGAGCAAUGGACGCAUGUUCAACGCCCUACUGCACAGAUACAGGCCAGACCUGAUAGAUAUGGAGGUGGUGUCACGACAGAGUAACCGUGACAACCUGGAGCAGGCCUUUGAGAUUGCUGAGUCACUGGGGGUCACCAGACUAUUGGACGCUGAAGACGUGGACGUUCCGUCUCCAGACGAGAAGUCAGUCAUCACCUACGUGUCGUCCAUCUACGACGCCUUCCCCAAGAUCCCAGAGGGAGGAGAAGGCAUCGCUGCACACGAGGUGGACCAGAGGUGGUCAGAGUACCAGGCCAGGUUCUCAUCUCUGCUCCAAUGGAGCCGGCAGCACAUGGCCCUCAUGGCCAACAAGAACUUCCCUCAGAACCCUGUGGAGCUCAAGGCACUUUACAAUGAGUACGUCCAUUUCAAAGAGACAGAGAUCCCUGCCAAGGAGAGGGAGAAGAGCCACAUAGAACACCUCUACAGACUCCUGGAGGUGUGGAUGGAGUUUGGGCGCAUCAAACUGCCUCAGGGUUUGCACCCCAACGAUCUGGAGGAGGAGUGGGGCAAGCUGAUCCUGGAGAUGCUGGAGAGAGAGAAGGCCCUCCGGCCCGCAGUGGACAGGCUGGAGCUGUUGCUGCAGAUGGCUAAUAAGAUCCAGAACAUGGCUCUGGACUGUGAAGAGAAGCUCACCCUGGGCAGGAACACCCUACAAGCUGACAUGUCGCGGGUGGAGGCGGGGGAGGGCGUGUGUUGUGAGCGGGAGCUGGGCGUCCACCUGCAAGACUGUGAGCUUCUCCUGCGUCAGCUCAACCAGGACAUCAGCAUCCUGCGGGACGAGAGGUUCUACCAGGUGGAACAACUGGCCUUCAGGGCGUCGUGUCUGCAGGAGGAGCUGGUCUCUCUCAGGCUCCAGUGCGCCAGCGUCUACAGGAGAGGCCACUUCUCCCAGCUGACCGGGCUGGAGGGCGCGGCCCCGCAGGGGCUCGAGGGGGGUAUCUCCCUGCCCACGGGGGCCCAGACCCUGCUGGGGGCCGUUGGGGCACUGGGGGCCCUUGGGGCUUCCUUCCUCAGGAAACCCAUGUCCAGGUCCCAGCUGGUGGCCAUGUCGUCAUCGGAGGACGAGGGCAGCUUGAGGUUCAUCUACGACCUGCUGGGAUGGGUGGAGGAGACACAGGACCUGCUGGAGCGUGCUGAGUGGGGGGCAGACCUUCCCUCCGUAGAGCACAACCUGCAGACACACCACUCCAUCCACACUGCUGUGGAAGAGCUGCUGCACAGCCUGAAGGAGGCCCGCAACUACGAGACAAAUAUAUCUCCUAACUUCAGAAGUAGUUACUCAGAGACUCUUGCCAAGUUGGAGCACCAAUACUGCAAACUACUGGAGCACUCGUCAUGGCGACUGCGUUGCCUGGAGAGCCUGCAUGCGUUUGUUUCGCACUGCACAGAGGAGCUGAUCUGGCUCAAUGAGAGGGAGGAGGAGGAGCUAGCCUACGACUGGAGCGACAACAACACUAACGUCAACGCCAAAAAAGAGCUCUACGCCGAAAUGAGGUCUGAGCUGGAGGAGAAGCAGGAAGUGAUGCAGUCCCUGCAGGAGACAGGGGACCGUCUGUGCCACGAGAACCACCCGGCCAAACAGACAGUGGAGGCGUACAGUGCAGCCCUCCAGACCCAGUGGCAGUGGGUGCGCCAGCUGUGUGUAUGUGUGGAUCAGCAUCUCAAAGACAACACAGCCUACUUCCAGUUUGUGAGUGACACCCGGGAGUGUGAGAGCUACCUGCGACAGCUUCAAGACACCAUCAAGAGACAGUACACCUGCGACAAGAACAGCCGACUGAGCAAGCUGGAGGACCUGCUACAGGACUCCAUGGAGGAGAAAGAGCAGUUGAUUGAAUACCGCAGCUCUGUGGCCAGUCUGGUGGGCCGGGCCAAGACGGUGGUUCAGCUCCGCCCCCGCGCGGCAGAGAGCACCCUGGGAGCGACCACGCCCAUCCGAGCCAUCUGUGACUAUCGCCAGAUAGAGAUCACCAUCAGUAGAGGGGAGGAGUGUGUGCUGGAGGACAACACUCAGAGGACCAAAUGGAAGGUGAUCAGCCCCACGGGUAACGAGGCCAUGGUCCCCUCUGUCUGCUUCACUGUUCCUCCACCCAACCAAGAGGCCAUAGACACUGCCAGCAGGAUGGAGCAGCUGUACCAGAAUGUGAUGGCACUGUGGCACCAGCUUCACGUCAACAUGAAGAGUGUGGUGUCUUGGCACUACCUGCAGAAAGACGUCAGGGCCGUAUCCUCCUGGAGCCUCGACACGGUGCUCUCCCAGCCCCCCUCAGAGAGGGACCAGGCCCUGGACCGCCUGGACGCCCACCUGGUCGACUUCCUGUCCGACAGCCGUGAGAGCGCCUUGUUCACGCCCUCUGAGAGGCGGGAGCUGGAGAAGGAGGCCAACGCUGCCCGACAACACUGCCAGGAGCUGCUGGUCAACAUGGAGACGGUGGAGAAGGAUGAGUCUGUCUCGCGCUCCUACCUCUCUGAACUUCAGAACAUCAAGCUUCGUCUGGAGGACGCAGAGAAAAGGCUGAUGACUGGCAUCCAGACUCCGCCCCCUAGCAACCUGUUACGCGACAGCGCUGACAACCCUGUCCAGAUCACCGAGCAAGAGUGUCUGCUGGUGGGGCUGGACGACCUGCGCUCCAGUCUAGGGGACGUGUCUCGUCGCUGCCUCAGCUUCUUCCAGGACAAGCCCACCUCCUCCAGCGUGCCUGUGCUCCGCUCGGAACUCAACCUCGCCGUGGAGAAGAUAGACCGGCUGCACAAGCUCUCAUCCGUCUUCCUGACCAAGUUGAAGAUGGUGGAGGUUCUGUUGAGCAGCCUGCACACAGCUGAGAGCCAGGUGAAGAGGUACGAGAGCCGGCUGAGCGAGGAGGACGUCGUCCCUGCAGACACACAGGCCAUUCUGGCCCUCAGGGAGCAGCUGGAGAAGUGGCAAACUGAGCUGGAGGAGCAGGAGGGCGUGUUUCUCUCCCUCCAAUCGGAGGUGCAGAAGGCACGGGAGGCGGGCUCUCAGCUCAACAGGCUCCACCCGGAUCGCAACCCUGAGCUGGAACGCUACCAGGAGAAAGCCAAUCAGCUCACAGACAGGUGGAACGUCAUCGAGAGGCAGAUGGAAACGCGGCGCGGGGAGCUUGAGACCCUGGGCUCUGUCCUGCAGCAGUACAGGGAGGGCCACUCUGCUCUGAUCCACUGGAUCGAGGAGACCACUGAGAGACAGGGCAACACACAGGCUGGACAGACCGACAGCAAAGUCCUGUCUGAACAGCUGGCCCAACAGACGGCAUUAGUAGCCGAAAUCGAACAAAACCAAACCAAACUAGACGAGUGCCAGACCAACUCCAAGCUGUACUGCACGUCUGUCAAGGACUAUGAGCUGCAGCUGAUGACCUACAGGGCCUUUGUGGAGUCCACCCAAAAGUCCCCUGUGAAGAGGAGGAGGGUGCACUCUUCAUCCGACGCCAUCACCCAAGAGUUCAUGGACUUGCGCACGCGCUACACGGCCCUGGUCACCUUGACGACGCAGCAUGUGAAGUACAUCAGCGAUGCGCUGAGGAGACUAGAGGAGGAAGAGAAGGAGGUGGAGGAGGAGAAGCAGGCCAGGGUGGGCCAGGUGUCCGAGCUGCUGGGCUUUGUCAGGGGCCUCCAGGGACGAUCAGGAGGCCCCUCUGCUGAGUCCUCACUGGCCGCACAGCAGGCCAUCAGUGAGCAGCUGGCAGCUAAGAAGGAGGAGGUAUCUGAAGCCAUCAGGAGCACCCAGGCCUUCUUACAGUCGAAACAGGCCAGCAAAUUGUCCCCGGACGAGCGAGCCAGGGUGAAGACCCAGCUGGAGGAGCUGACGGCCGCCUAUGGCCAGAUGUGUGAGAGCUCCUCCUCACAGCUGCUGCAGCUGGAGCGCCAGCUGGCCAAGGAAGAGGAGAGAAAGAGCCAGGCGGCCAUAGCUGGAGUCAUCGACCUGGGUACCGUGGAAACAUUCCCAGUGUUCCAGGCUGCCCAGCGAGGCCUAAUUGACCAGGACACCUGCCUUGUCCUGUUAGAGUCUCAGCUCACCAUGGGCGGGCUUCUUCAGCCCGACUCCCCUCUCACCCUUUCAUUGGAUGAGGGCCUAAGCCAAGGUCUGAUUGACAACCACACCAGCCAAUCUCUAUCUGAACUUGAGGGUGCCAUGCAUCUGAUGGACCAGGCACAGCCAACAAAGGGCCAGCUCCUGCCGGUGGCUGCAGCCAUGGAGGAAGGUCUCAUCAGAGAGGAGGUGGGGUUGCGAAUCCUGGAGCUUCAGAUGAGCUCUGGAGGUGUGAAGGACUCACAGGGAGAGAGACAUAGUCUGGAGAGGGCUGGCCAGGCACACCUGCUUCCCCCCAGGAUCUUCACCAAGCUCAGGUCAAGGGUCAACCGCAAGGAGCUGAUAGAUCCCAACACGGCGGAGAAACUGAACCUUUCAGAGCUACAGCAGCGCUGCGUCCUCAGCGACAACAACCUCCUCCACCUCCUCCCAGUCCAGCAGCAACCAGGAGGUACUGUCUGCCUGCGUUCUGGACGCAAAGUCGGCAUCUUCCGAGCUGUACAAGAGGGGCUGAUUGACCGGCAGGUCACUGUCCGACUCUUGGAAGCUCAGCUGUUUGCCGGUGGCAUUGCUGACCCCCGGUCAGGACACCGUUUGACAGUAGAAGAGGCCAUGCGUCAUGGCCUGUUGGACCAGGACCUGGCCUGUGCCAUGCUGACCAGGCAGCUUCAGACUGGGGGAAUCUUAGAUCCGGUUAGUGGGGACAGGCUGGAGGUGGAGGAGGCCAUGAGAAUGGACCUGCUGUCCCCUUGCCUUGCUGUGUUGGUGCUGGAGGCGCUCUGGGCAUUCAUGGGGAUGCUCUGGCCAGAGUCUGGAGAGCUGCUUCCCAUUGCUGAGGCUCUCCAGCAGGGGGCGAUCACAUCUGAGCUGGCUAGGAAGAUCCUGAGACAACGUCAUACCAUAGGAGCCCUUUACCUGCCCGAAAUCCCCCAGGUGGUGCCCUUGAACAAGGCCGAGGAGGUCCUGGAACAUUCCGUGGUGGAGAUCUUGAGAGAGAUCCAGAUUCCUGACGUUCUAUCCAACAUGAACCAAUCAGGAUCCCCAACAUUGAACCGCCUGAGCUGGAGCUCCACAGGGUCCUCACCUCCACCCUCUUCCUUGUCCCCACGCUCAGCCUCACCCCAGAGCCUCACCUUUGACCCCUCUCUAAUGGAGGGUAUGGCUCCGGAGGAACAGGCCAGCCACCACCUCCUCUUCCACCUGAUGACCCACAGUUACGUGGAUGCCCACUCCGGCCAGCGCCUUCUCCUGUUGGAGCCUGAACUGGUGGACCUGGUUACGGCCACUGGUCCGGUCAGGGGAGAUGCCACACAAUGUAGAGCUUCAGAUGGUUUCAAUAACCCUCCAGAGAAACAGGAGUACAUGGAGGUGGUCUCUGAUGAUGGCUUGGCUGGGGAGCUGGAUGGUAGGACAAUUGCGAAGGUCCAGGAAGAGCUUCCAAAGUUAAUGACUACUCAAAAAGAGUCUGCCUCCAUCCAGGUGAAGGAGGAGUCUUAUAGACAAGGAGGAAGAGAGGGGGCCCCUGACGGGUCAUCUCAGAUUGGAAAACGAGAAAUUGAAGACAUGAAGCAUGGAGUUGAGAUACCAGUUGGAGGAAUUGGCGGUGAGGUGGACCUAGGCGGAGAUGGAAAGCAGAAAGAGGAAAAGAAAGAAAGGGUUGGUUUGGAAAGUCUGCAGACUACGAACGUUGGAGUCAAACAUGCAGCAGACAGUCCACAGACUACAGGAGAAAGGAGGGCCCGCCCCCAGGUUAUGACUACAGAGAUGGAACUGGAAGAAGAGAAAAGUGAGGAGGAUGCCGAGCUGGAGAGAUUAGCAGUGGAGCUCCGACAGGGAGGCCUGGUGACGGAGGAUGGGGACAGACUGCUCCCAGACGAGGCUGUCGCCCAGGGCCUUCUGCCUGGACACACUGCAGUCAAACUAAUGGCCCAGGCCGGUCUGUUUGGAGGGUUCCUCGACGUUGGUGCCUGCGAGUCCCUGAGCAUGGAGGAUGUGAUGCAGGAGGGCCUGCUAGACGAAGACCUGAUGUGGAGUGUGCUGAAGUCAGAGAAAUCAUUGGCGGGGGUGGUUGAUGUGGAAAAGGGCAGAAUCUGCACCCUGAAAGAGGCAUCACAGGCAGGGUUGAUCGACCCUGCUACAACGGCUAGGCUCCUUGAAGCUCAGGUGGUCUCUGGAGGGGUGGUGGAUCUCCACAGGGAUAAGAAAGUCUCAGUCACCCUGGCUGCUAACUUGGGUUUGAUUGAGGAUGACCAUAGAGAAGAACUGGUGGCAUUAGAGAAAUCUUAUCGUGCUAAAGGCUCUGACCCAAAUGCUGGUCGUACUAAAGCUACACUACAUCUGCAGAUGGAAGGAGUCUUAGACCCCAAGACAAAGUCCCCUGUCCCUCUCGACCAAGCUAUUCAAAGCGGGUUUAUCAGACCAGAAGAGGCCUAUCAGGCCCUAUCCCAACAAGUGGCUGAGGGUGGUAUUGUACACCAUGCAUCUGGGGUUAGGCUGUCAGUGUCUGAUGCAGUAGAGAGAGGUUUGGUUGACCGGUCUAUAGCUUCAGGACUUGAGGAACUAGAGAAGGUGUACCAGGGAGAGAUACCCACCUGCUCACACCCAGAAGCAACUCUCCUCCAGGCAUCCACAGGAGCCAUUUUGGAUCCAGAGUCGGGGAGAAGACUGACACUGACAGAGGCUGUGUCUCAAAGUCUGCUGGAUGAGGAGACUGCCCAGGCAGCCAUGACCUCCCGAGGGGUAACAGAGGGUUUGCUAGACCCUCAAACAGCCCGCAUCAUGCCUUACUUGGACCUUAUAAACCAGGGUAAGAUAGAUAUUGAGACAGGGAAGCGCUUCCUGGAGGUGAAGCCCUUCCGGGGCAUCCAGGAUAAACAGACUGGCCAGGCUCUGACGCUGCCUCAAGCCAUGGCCUCCAAUAAAGUUGACCCAGUCCCAGCACUGAGAAUGUUGCAGAAUCAGGCAGAUACUGGUGGGAUCAUCGAUAUCCAGAGCGGUGAUAGACUCCCACUAACUGAGGCCUCCAAGAGAGGACUGGUGGGGGAGGACAUGGUCAGGCUCAUCGCCACCAAACAGAUGCUGAAAGGUGGGAUACUAGACCCCACCACCGGACGGAGGGUGUCUAGUCUGAAGGAAGCGGUCAAAGCCUCUCUCUUAUCCAAGGAGAUGGCUGCUGAGCUUCAGGAUAACCUGAGGUCUGUAGAUUUGGAAGGUGACAACGAAGAUAGCUCAACACCUGUAGCUUCUUCUAAUGGUAGCAACAGUCCUGCAGUCACAUUAGCCGUGUCUAGUCCGGACCGGCUUACUGAAGGCACAGAGGUGAUGACUCCAUCACCCCCCCUAGAGGCUGAGAAAAGGCAUUUCAUGCUGCCAAUCACAGAGAACAGAGAUGAGUCUCUCAUAGCGAGUGUAUCUGAGAGUUACCAAGCUCCACAGCCUUGUGAUGUCGUUGAGGGGAUUGAACAUGAACAGGUGGUCUCAAAAGGAAAAAUGGCAUCAGAUCAGUCUUUUGAUGUUUUGACCCAGUUCGCUAGCAAAGCAGAGAAAAGGCUACAGCAGGCACUCAAAGAGGUGGGGACCCAGCCAGAUGGUGUGGAUAGGCCCAAACCUCUGCCCAGAGAAGGGCAUGAAGAUACCAAAACAACUAUGGAUGGUGAGCAGGUUUUAGUGGCAGAGGAGGGCAAAAAAGAUCGUUAUCACGUGGAAACAUCUGAAGAUCUUGUCUCCAUUCGGACCCAGUCCAGUGAUACUGCAGCAGCACGCGCAAGGACAACCAAAUCUGGACCUGUGGAUGGGAGAAGGCCAGUGGAGAAGCAAGGACCUUCUUAUGUGGCUAAAGACACACUGUCAGAUGUGACUGGUGCCUGUGAAAGAGAAACCAGGGACCAAGAAGACAUCACUGAUGUGUCUGCCUCUACUGAGGGAGAGGAAAUGAAGACACGUGUGAGUCAGAGCCGGAGACAUGAAGCGGAGGAGGAGAGGGGUAGAAUGGAGAAUGAGAAGGACCCAAAGAUGGAAGCCAGGGAAAGUACUGACGCUGACCACUCAGCAGACCAGGGACCCCCUUCCUCUAAAGAGGCAGAGAGCAAGAGCAAAAAGAAGAGGAAGAAUAAGAAGAAAGGGAAAGAGGUUGAGAUAGAGAAAUCCAAAGAGAGAUCUGACAAUCCAUCAGAGGCAAAACAUCAUUUUGAAGAGUCAGAGAUUGAUGCAAAAUCUGUGAGCGAUUUUGUGAAAGAUGUUCUUCCACAGAAAGAAGAUCCACCAAUGGAGGUUUGUGGUCAGUCAGCAUUUACAGAGCUCCGCAAUGGGGAAGGUGCUGAGGUGCAAAUGAAGGAAGAACAUCAAGAUCUAAAUAAUGUUAUCAAAGGAGCGGCCAAUGUAUCCUUUGGUGAAGACGUAGAACAUUUUACGGAGGCCAAGGGAGAUGCUUUGACACACAGAGAGCCUGCAGGCUGCAGAGAUGAUAAGAGGAAAGAGGUGGUAGAGAUGGUAGAACCAAAACAUAAAGAAGAGGAGAUGGUUGCUCAGACUAGCCAGUCUGAGGGUGAGUGUAGAAAGUCCACUCAGAGGGCCACCCAAGCCACCUGUGAUAAAGAUGCUCUUCUGCUGAAGGCAAAGGAGAGCCUCCUGAGGAAGGUGUAUGGAGGUGUUGGUGACAGGCAGGCCACUGAGAAGCUAGAAGCCCUCCGACAGGGAGGGGGAAAGAAAGAGAGGGACGAAGUUAAGAUGGCGAAAGGCGUAAAGAAGGAGCGGGAAGGGAAAAAGGAAGGAUUGGUGACCGUUGUGAAGGAUAACGUGUCUGUAGAGAGUCCCUCUGAGGCUCUGUCAAAAGAGAAAGAGGGAAGAGGGAUGUUGGAAGGGAAAGAAGGAGAAAGGGAGGAGAAAACUCUGCCAGACCUGGUCGCAGAAACAAAACCAGGAAAGAAGAGCAAGAAGAACAAAAAGUUUAAGAAAUCUAACACUGCUGAAAUUGAAGCGGCAAAUUCUAAAGGGAUACCAACAACUGUAGGCUCCAUUCCCAUUGGUGAGGGAGAGGUGGAUGGGCAUCGUGGAAGCCAAUCAGACAGUGAUGCUACCACAACAGCAAGUGUUGAUGAGACAAACAAGAUGGCUACUUCUGCUGAGAGCCUUGAAGGAGGUGAUAAGCAUCAAGAAAGACCUGCAUUUUCCAGUGCACCAGAGAUAACUCGUUCCCAUCUGGAGGAAAAUGUCAAAGUUGACAGCUCAAAGGUGAACAAAACUGGACCACUGGGUCAGGAAACAGAAUACCAUAGUGUCAGCUCACCUGAGGAGGAGUUUCAGUCAGACAGCCAGGGAGGUGCUGACUCGGUGGAGACCAGGACUCCUGCUGCCGAAACCACAAAAACAGUUGGGAAAGCAAAGAAGAAGAAGAAGAAACAACAACAGCAGCAACAGGCUGACAGUCCAUCGCAGACUGAGACUAAGACCAGAGAAGACCAGCUCUCUGAGACCGAGACCCAGGGCGUCUCCCAGCUUCAAACCCAGACUCGGAGCAUCCAGGGGUCGCCACAGACCAGCCAGUCCCUGUCUGAUGAGCCCCCUACUGGGUCGGACACCACUGAUGUGCCUGGAUCCGACACCACCGAAAGCUGGGGGGAAGAGGAGGAAGAACAGAUAAGACAAAUUGAAACGAAGAAAGAGAGGAGCUUUGCUAAAACUGGCAAGUCCUCAUUGGUUCGUCAGGAAUGUUUGGAACAUGACCAGCGAAUCGUGGCUCUGCUGUCCAUGGUCAGACACAUCGAGGUCCGCCUCAAACAGCAACAGCAGCAGUCCAUUGGCCGCAGCCUCAUUGCUCUUGAUGACAUCAUCAAACAGACAGAAGUCUUGAGUCUAGAGCUAGAGGAUCUAGAACCCGAAGUCAACAAGGAAGUGGAGGCCGCCAGGGGGCUGGUAGAGCCUCGCCCACAGGAAGUGCCUCCACAGCUACUAACAGCCCUGGAGAAGGAUGGGCGAGGCCUAGCUCGCAGCUAUGAGGCUGCUAGAGGGGUCUCUGAUAGUAUAUUGCAGGGGCUGCGAGCCCACAGAGACUCAUACAAAGAGGCAGUGAGUGGAGAACAAAAGUCUCUUGGAGGGAGGGUGGAAGACCUCCUUUCAUGGCUGAGGGAAACAGAGACUAAGAUGGAGGGCUCUGACAGGACGGAUGGAGAACACACCCCUGCUCAGCUCAUACAGCAGCUUCAGAAGUGCAAGGAGCUGCAGUCCUCUCUGUCGUCCCGCUCUAAUGAAGUUAACACCGUGGCCUUUGACAUCCAGGUGUUCAUUUCUGAGCGUGCUCAGGACCUGGUGCCCGAGCAGAGCAGGCACCUCCUGGGACAGCUGCAGCAGCUGCAGAGGGCCUUCCACCAGGUCUCAGGCCAGGCCCAAGCCCGGGCCAACGCCCUCUCCGCCCAGAGGGAGAGGGAGGAGGAACGCCGGCUCAGGGAGAAGGAGAAGGAAGACAAAGAGAUGGAGCGAGAGAGGGAGAUGCAGAGUGCGAGGGAGAGAGAGGUGGUGCAGCAGCAGAAGGCGGAUUGUUCACAAAAACUGGAAGGCCUCACAAUGUGGUUGGCUGGAGCUGCCAGCAUGCUGGCCAAUCAGAGAGCUGGGACAGAGUCAGGUGAUGUGAGCGUGCUCCAGCAGAAACAGAGAGAGCUUAAGGAAGUCCAGAAGGACCUCCAGACCAGAGGUGAUGGCGUGACCGAGACCAUCCGCUCCGUGGAGGACUUCCUGUCUGAGCACGGUGACAACCUGAGCCCUGAAGAGAAGGCCAACCUCCAGGAGGCACUGGCGAGGAUGAAGGAGCAGUACGGCACUCUGAAGGACUCCACCCACUCCUCUCUGGCCAAGAUAGACACCGCCAUCAGCACCACAGUCCAGCAGAACACACAGAGGGCCAAGGCUGUGGAAGACCUUCAGGAGACCCAGGGAAAGAUCGAUUCCCUCCUGGGGCAGCUGUCUACCCUCAGCCAGCCUGGCAGUGCCUUGAGCGGGGCGGGCAGAAGCGUUAUUGAUGCCCCCUCGUCCUCCAGCCCUCCAGACAGCACUCUAGAGACACACACAGACAUGUUACAGGCGGAGCUCCAGCAGCUCCAGGCCCAGCAGGCCCAACUGCUUCAAGUGACCCAGCAGACCCGCUCCCUCCUGGAGCAGCCCGACUCGGCCGUGCCCCCGGAGGAGAAGCAGCGCCUGCGGACCCAGCUGGACCUGCUGACCCAGCAGCACCAGGACAAGCUCAAGAGCUGUCAGGACCGGCUGCGGAGGUCCGAGACCCUGAAGGACGAGCUGGCCAAGUUCAUCCAGGAGCACGGGGUCCUGGGGAGCUGGCUGGAACAGAGUGAGCGAGAGCUGAGCUCUCUGGGGGAAGGAGACACCGACGCACCGGGCCUGAAGGGGAGACUGGAGGAGCAUAAAAAGCUGGCGGAGGAUGUGAUCUGCCACAAGGCGGACCUGCGCUUUGUCUCCAUCUCGGGCCAGAAGGUUCUGGACUCCGUCCAGGCAGCCCUGGAGAAGGUGCGGGGGUCCGACCCGGCGCUGGAGGGAACCAAACACCAGGUCUCGGAGCGACUGCAAGACGCCAACCAUCGCUACACUGCUCUACACAGCAAGUCGUCAGACCUGGGUGGUCGCUUGUCGGGCCUGUUGGAGCGCUACCAGCAGUACCAAGACGAGGCUGUGUCCCUUCACACCUGGCUCGGCACCCAGGAACAGAACCAGAGCAUCUCCGGACCCAACGGAGAGACAGACACACACACACUGCAGAGCACACUCCGUAACGUACAGCUGCUACAGGACGAGCUGGCUGAGCGUUCAGUGCAGCUGGAGAAGGUCAGGAGGGCCGGCCUCGAGCUGGGCAGCACACAGGAGUCUCCCUCCCUUAGAGCUGCGGACAUCCUCAGCACUACAGAGGGUCUGGAGAAGCGGUUCAGCUCUCUGUCUGAGUCUGUGUCGAAGCGGGCGGAGCACCUCCAGACUGCCGUGGCGCAGUCCGUCAGUGUCCAAGAGGGGCUGAAGGGUUUGCUUGCCUGGCUGGACAGCCUGGUUCUGGCCCCGGGUCCAGCCCAGCCCACGGCACAGGCCGUCCAGGAUGCACUCACCCAGAACCAGAAACUUCGCCAGGAGCUUCUCUCCCGGCAGGGCAGUGUGGAAGCCACGCGGGACGCCGUCUCCACGCUGCUCCAGAGCGCUGACGCCUCCACGGCCUCCGGGCUGCAGGGGGCGCUGCGGGACCUGACCCAGCGCUACGCCGCGGCCCAGGCCAGCCAGGCGGAGAGCGAGGCCCAGCUGAAGACCCUCCUGCCUAAGCUGGAGGGUUAUGAACGACUUAGUGGAGACCUGCAGAACUUCGUCCAGACCAGACAGCGAGCACUAAGCCCUCUGGGACAGCCGGAACGGAGCGUGGAGGACUACAGACAAACAAUCGAGGAAGUGAAGUCAGAGCUGGAGCAGGAAGCAGGCCAGCUCACAUCCUUCUGUGAGCUGGGGACAGAGCUCAGCCAAUCCAAGGCCCUGACCAACACGCAAAGCCUUUUGGACAGCGUCAAACAGAUUUCCGAGGCCUUUGCCCGACUAGAAGCCAACAUCAAUGAAAGGUUCAGCUCCAUCCAGACUUGUGAGCAGCAGCUGUCUGGGUUCCGGGGGCUCUCUGGCUCCCUCCUCAGGUGGCUGCAGACAGCGCAGGAGCAGCUGCCCCCCAAGGAGCCCAACCUAGACACGCAGGGACUGCAGAGGAGAGUCAAGCAGCUCCAGGACCUGCUGAGUGAGUGGGAGGCCCAAGGGGGCCGCGUCCAGGAGCUGAACAAGACCGGCUCCGAAUUAGAGACCCUGAUCAUCAGCAUCACUGGCCCCCAAAUCAAGACAGGUGUUCCUCAGACCAAUGGGUCUGGUGCCGGCAACCCAAGCAGUGUCAAUGGCAUUCACACCUGCAAAGACAUGACGGAGCUGCAGGUGGCGGUGGCGGAGGUGAAUGGACGCUACGAGGAUCUGGGCGGGGAGCUGAGGGAGAGGCGUGGCCGCCAGGAGGCGUCCCUGGAGCAGAGGCAGAAGGCCCGGCAGGGGGCGGAGCAGCUCAGCCAUUGGCUAGGGGAAAGGGAGCACAGCCUGGCCUUGGGACAGACCGCCUCCCCCUCAAAGCCUGAGGUGGUACGAGCCCAGGCCCAGGAGAACAAGGUGUUGCUGACGGAGCUGACUGAGCAUGCUGUGAAGGUGGAGGAGUUGAAGGCCACCUUGAGGAAGUUGAUCUCUGAGAACCCUGACUCCCCUGAGGCUGACAAGUGGAGGCAGCAACUGCAGGAUAUAGACGCCCGCUGGGAGAAGGCCAAUCAGACGGCAGCUCAGCGACAGACUGAACUGGAGACCUGUGCUGAUAGGCUGGGUAGCUUUGCCACUGCGGCCAGUCAGCUGGGUCCUUGGCUGAAAGAGAAGGAGCUUAUGAUGAGUGUUCUGGGACCCUUGAGUAUCGACCCCAACAUGCUCAACACACAGAAACAACAAGUGCAGUUCAUGCUACGGGAGUUUGAGACACGGGCGCCCCAGUUCCAGCAGCUCACCCAGGCUGCCGAGGGUAUCCUCUCCCCGUCAGGAGACGGCCAACAGGACCCCAAGGACCUGGAGGAGGUGCACUCUGAGCUGGGCUCCAUCUCCCAGCAGUGGGAGGGCCUGAUGUCUCGCCUGGCCCAGCGCUCCCAGCACAUCGACCAAGCCCAGGGGACCAGCGAGAGCUACCAAACCCUGCUCCGGGACCUCUCCUCCAGCCUGACCCAGCUAGGCGAGCGCCUGGAUGCACAGGCCUCCCUGAGUGCCCAGCCCGAGGCCCUCAAGCAGCGCCUGCAGGAGACCGGCGAGAUCCGCUCUGAGCUGGAGCGCCACCGGGCCGAGCUGGGGCGGGCCCAGCGGCUGUGUGGCGAGCUGAGCGCCAUUGUGGCGGAGCCCUACCUGAGGGAGGAGCUUAGCAAGAGGCUGGAGAGUGUGAGCGGGCCCCUGCGGAGCCUGGAGGAGAGGGCUGCGGAUGGUCUUUCCCAGCUCCAAGCAGCUCUCUCUAGCACCCAGCAGUUCCAGCAGAUGUUUGAGGAGGUUCGCAGUUGGCUGGACAACCAGUGUGACCAGCGAGACUCCUCCUCCGACUCCCUCCCCUGCCAGCCAGGGGCCCUCAGCGCCCUGCUAGCCCAGACAGAGGAGCUCCAGCGUGGGGUGGCCAGCCAGCGAGGCCCCUACGAGCUCAUCCAGGCCGAAGGGGCCUCCCUGCUCGCCUCCCUCCCAGCUGGAGGUGAGGAGCGGUCUGCCUUACAGUCCCGCCUCUUCACCCUGCGCCAGGACUGGGAGGGGCUAAACCAGCGCAUCACCGACCGCCACAACCGCCUCAAAUCCACCCUGGGCAAGGCCGAGACGUACCAGCAACAUCGGGCCGAGCUGGGGCCCUGGGUGGCCGAGUGCCAGACCCGGGAGGCGGAGAUCCGGCCCUCGCUGGACCCCGCUGCCCUGGACGAGGCCCUUCAGAGCACCAGGCAGCUGGGCCUGGACAUGGAGCGCCGCCGGCCUCUCCUGGAGGCCCUGAACACUGCGGCCGACCAGCUCCUGGAGCAGUGCCGGGUCGGAGAGGAGGAGGUGAGGGACGAGAAGGCCCAGCUGAACCGCAGCGUGGACAGGCUGGUCGAGGGCCUCCAGGCGCGCUCCACCCAGCUGGAGGAACUAGCCAGCCGACUGAAGGAGUUUGAGGACGGGCGUCAGGCCGUGGAGAGGAGGCUGGAGGCGGCCAGGCAUCAAAUUGAGGUCCAGGAGGCGUUGGGCCCUCAGGCCUGCAGCAAUAAGAGCCUGGAGAGGUUGAGGAACCAGCAGGAGGCGCUACGAUCCCUCCAACCACAGGUGGUUUACCUCAGAGACCUGUCCCGGGGCCUGGUGCAGGACGCACCCCAGACACCAGGGGGCAGCGCGGAGGGGGGACAGAAACUGGAGCAACAGGCCAAUCAAACAGAGAGAGAAUAUGGAGAUGUCACUGAGAAGAUCGAACAGUGCUGCUCCACUCUGGAGUCCCGUCUCCAGGGCGUGGGUGAGGUCCAAUCACAUGUCCGGGAUGUCUUCUCCCGAUUGGCCGAUUUGGACGACGAGCUGGACAGCCUGAGCCCGGUGGGGCGGGACCCCGACUCGCUCGCAUCCCAGGCCGAGGCCCUCCGGGGCUUCCUGUCCCGCCUGGCGGACCUCCGCAGCGAGCUGGAAGGUCACGGGGGCGACUGCACCGCCAUGCUGCGCCGCGAAGGCUCCUCCCCCGACCUCCUGGCCCUCAGGAGGGAGACGGAGGCCCUGAGUCGGCAGGCGGGCAAGCUGUCGGAGAGGGGCGGAGCCAGGCUGACGCAGAUCGAGGACGCCGCCCAGAAAGUGCGUGAGUUCUACGGGCUGGUGGCGGAGCUCCAAGGGCUGCUGGGAAGGGCGGAGGAGGGGCUGGAGGCCCAGGGCGUGGUCGGGACGGAGGUGGACACCAUUAAACAACAGCUGCAAGAGUUCAAGGCGGUGGAGAGGGAGCAGGUGGAGUGCAUCCAGCCUCGCCUGCAGCACGUCAACGCCGUGGGUCAGGGGCUCAUCCAGUCUGCGGCCAAACACACGGACACACAGGCCCUGGAGCACGACCUGGACGCCACCAACCUGCGCUGGAACUCCCUCAACAAGAGGGUGGCGGAGAGGAUCGCCCAGCUGCAGGAGGCCCUGUUGCAUUGUGGGAAGUUCCAGGACGCUCUGGAGCCUUUGCUGAGCUGGCUCAGUGACACGGAGGAGCUGGUGGCCAAUCAGAAGCCCCCGUCCGCAGAGUACCGUGUGGUCAAGGCCCAGAUCCAGGAACAAAAGCUGCUCCAGAGGCUGUUGGAUGAUCGUCGUGGCACGGUGGAGAUGAUCCAGGCGGAGGGGGAGCGCAUCGCCGCCACGGCCGACACCUCGGACCAGGACAAGAUCCAGAAGCACCUUCACAGCCUCAGGGAGAGAUGGGGGAUGCUGCUGGACAAGGCCAGCGGCAGGCAGCGUCAGCUGGAGGAGCUGCAGGUCCUGGCCCUCCAGUUCCACGAGGCACUGGAGCCCCUGGGGGAGUGGCUGAGCGCAACAGAGAGACGCCUGAGCGCCGCCGAGCCCAUGGGCACACAGACCUCCAAGAUCACCCAGCAGAUCGCCCGUCACAAGACCCUCCAAGAGGCCGUCUCAGCUAGAGGGGCGGAGUUAGAGCACCUCGAGGCCCUCAGCCAAUCCCUGGUUCCCCUCAGCUGCGCGGCCGACCGCGCUUGGCUGGGGGAGCGCGUGGGGACCGUGCACACAGGCCACUCGGAGCUCAACGACUGGUGUGUUCGGAGGGCGGGGAUGCUGGAGCAGGCACUGGCCAAUGCCCAGCUGUUUGGGGAGGAGGAGGUGGAGGUGUUGAACUGGCUGGCGGAGGUGGGCCAGAGGCUUGGGCAGGUGUCUGUCCAGAACUACCAGCCCACAUUGCUGGCUAAGCAGCAUAAACACGCACUGUCUCUGAAUGAGGAGAUCGUAAGCAGGAAGAAGACGGUGGACCAAGCCAUCAAGAACGGACAGGCCCUCCUCAAGCAGACCACAGGCGAGGAGGUGUUGCUGAUCCAGGAGAAGCUGGACGGCAUCAAGUCUCGCUACGCUGAGAUGACAGCGGGCAGCAGCAAGGCGCUCCGCACCCUGGAACAAGCCCUGCAGCUCGCCACGCGCUUCGCCACCGCCCACGAGGACAUCAGCCAAUGGCUGGACUCCGUGGAGACAGAGCUCAAUGACAUGGAGCCCGACGCCGCACCAGCCUAUCAGGACAGGCAGAAGGAGCUGAAGAACGUGUCUGCGGAGAAGCGCUUGGUGCUGGACACGGUGAACGAGAUGGGCAGUGCCCUGCUGGACCUGGUGCCCUGGCGCGCCCGCGAGGGCUUGGACAAGCUGGUGGCCGACGCCAACCAGCGCUACCGCCAGGCGGACGAGACCAUCACCCAGAGGGUGCAGCUGGUGCAGGCUGCCAUCCAGAGGUCACAGCAGUAUGAGGAGGGUGUGGACGCGGAGCUGGCCUGGGUGGGAGAGACGGAGCGUAAGCUGGCCUCCCUGGGGCCCCUGAGCCUGGAGCCCGACGUGACCGUGGCUCAGCUCCAGGUCCAGAGGGCCUUCAACAUCGACAUCAUCCGACACAAGGACACGGUGGACCAGCUCCUCAACACCAGAGAGGACAUCCUGGACACCUGCAGCGACGCGCAGAGAGACGCCCUCAAGGUGAAGACGGACUCCCUGAGCUCUCGCUACGAGGCAGUGAGCCAGAACCACAGCGAGCGCUUCUCGGCCCUGGAGCAGGCCCAGGUCCUGGUGGCCCGCUUCUGGGAGACCCACGAGGAGCUGGAGCCCUGGCUGGGGGAGACGGAGAGCCUCAUCUCCCAGCUGCCCCCGCCCGCCAUCGACACGGACGCCCUCCGCCUCCAGCAGGACCAGAUGAGGCUCCUGAGAGAGUCCAUAGCGGAGCACAAGCCCCACAUAGACAAGCUACUGAAGAUCGGCCCCCAGCUGGCCGAGCUGAGCUCCCAGGAGGGGGCCGCGGUGAGGCAGCGCUACUCUCAGGCCGAGAAGCGCUACCUCGCCAUCAAGGAGGAGGUCAAGGGUCGCGGCACCACCCUGGACCAGGCCGUCUCCCAGUCUGCACAGUUCCACGACAAGAUGGACCCCCUGCUGGAGACCCUGGAGGGGGCGGUGCAGCGCCUGCGGCAGCCCCCGCCUGUGGCAGCCGAGGUGGACAAGAUCCGGGAGCAGCUGGCGGAGCACCGUGCGUCAGGGCUGGAGCUGGACAAGCUGCUGCCCUCCUUCUCUGCCCUGUGUGCCCGCGGCGAGGAGCUCAUCAGCAGGGCCGCCCACGACGACCCCGCCGCUCAGGCCGUGCGGUCCCGCCUCCUGCGCCUGCGGUCGCUGUGGGACGAGAUUCGCCAGCGCGCUGAGGAACGCGAGGGCAAGCUGACGGACGUGCUGGACCUGGCCGGGAAGUUCUGGGCCGACAUGGCGGCGCUUCUGAGCACGCUCCGUGACUCCCAGGACAUCGUGAAGGAGCUGGAGGACCCCGGUGUGGACCCCUCGCUCAUCAAACAGCAGAUCGAAGCCGCGGAGGCGAUCAAGGCGGAGACGGAUGGCCUGAGGGAGGAGCUGGAGUUUGUCCGCACCCUGGGGGCCGACCUGAUCUUUGCCUGCGGGGAGACGGAGAAACCGGAAGUGAAGAAGACCAUAGACGAGAUGAACGCAGCGUGGGAAGGCCUUGACAGGACGUGGAGGGAGAGGAUGGAGAGGCUGGAGGAGGCCAUGACGGCCUCGGUGCAGUACCAGGAUGCACUGCAGGGCAUGUUCGACUAUCUCGACAACGCCGUGAUCAAGCUGUGUGACAUGCCUACUGUGGGCACCGACCUGGGGACAGUCAAACAGCAGAUAGAAGAACUCAAGCACUACAAGGUGGAGGUGUACCAGCAGCAGAUCGACAUGGAGAAGCUGAGCCACCAGGGGGAGCUCCUCCUGAAGAAGGUGUCGGACCAGACGGACCGGGACAUGAUCCAGGAGCCCCUGACGGAGCUGCGUCACCUCUGGGACAACCUGGGGGACAAGAUCACCCACCGCCAGCACAAGCUAGAGGGUGCCCUCCUGGCCCUUGGCCAGUUCCAGCACGCCCUUGCAGAGCUGGUGUCCUGGCUAAGCCACACCCAUGCCACCCUGGACACCCAGAGGCCCAUCAACUCUGACCCCAAGGCCAUCGAGAUUGAGCUGGCCAAACACCACGUGCUGAGGAACGACGUGCUGUCCCACCGCUCCACGGUGGAGACGGUGAACGGCGCCGGCACCGAGCUGCUGGAGUCGAGCCCCGGGGACGAGGCCAGCCACCUGAGGGACCAGCUGGAGGAGCUGAGCCGCAGCUGGGAGGGCCUGCUACUCAAGACCCAGGACCGGCAGAAACUCCUGGAGGCCGCACUGCACCAGGCGGAGGGUUUCCAUGGCGAGCUGGAGGACUUCCUGCUGUGGCUGAGGAGGACGGACAGCCAGCUGUCUGCAGCCAAGCCCACGGGGGGCCUCCCAGAGACGGCCCGCGAACAGCUCCAGCAGCACAUGGAGGUGCAGUCCCAGCUGAACCAGCGGGCUGAGCAGUACCACCAUCUCCUGGACCAGGGAGAGUCCAUGCUGCUGGCCCGCGGGGGGGAUGAGGCCAACCCCGGCACGUCCCAGACCCAGCAGAACCUGGCGCUGCUUCAGAACAAGUGGGCCAGCCUCAACACCAAGAUGGACGACCGCAGGGCUAAGUUGGAUGAGGCGGUAUCCUUGGCAACCGGGUUCCAGUCUUCACUGCAGGACACCAUCAACUGGCUGACAGGGGCAGAGCAGACCCUCAACAUGGCCCAGCCCCCCAGCCUCAUCCUGGAUACCGUGGUCUUCCAGAUAGACGAGCACAAGGUGUUUGUGAACGAAGUGAACACUCACCGGGAGCAGGUGCUGGCUCUGGAGAAGGCCGGCUCUCAGCUCCGCUUCGCCAGCCUCAAGCAGGACGUGGUUCUGAUCAAGAACCUGCUGCUGAGCGUGCAGGCCCGCUGGGACAAGCUGGUCCAGCGCUCUCUGGACCGCGGGCGCCACCUGGACGAGGCCCGCAAGAGGGCCAAGCAGUUCCACGAGGCGUGGAGGAAGCUGACAGACUGGCUGGAGGAGGCAGAGAGUCGUCUGGACUCUGAGCUGGAGAUCUCCAACGAACCGGACAAGAUCAAAGUACAGCUGGCCAAACACAAGGAGUUCCAGAAGGCGUUGGGUUCCAAGCAGCCCGUGUAUGACACCACAGUGCGUUCUGGGAAGGCCAUGCGGGACAAGGCCACGCUGCCGGACGACACCCAGAAAAUGGACCAUCUCCUGGGGGAAGUCCGGGACAAGUGGGACACCGUCUGUGGCAAGAGUGUGGAGAGACAACACAAACUGGAGGAGGCCCUCCUGUUCUCGGGCCAGUUUGCGGAGGCCCUGCAGGCGCUGGUGGACUGGCUGUACCGAGUUGAGCCCCAGCUCAGUGAGGACCAGCCCGUCCACGGUGACCUGGACCUUGUCUCCAACCUCAUGGACUCCCACAAGGCGUUCCAGAAGGACCUGGGGAAGAGGACCAGCAGCGUUCAGGCUCUGAAACGCUCCGCUAGGGACCUCAUGGACACGGGUCGGGAUGACACAGCGUGGGUCAAAGUUCAAGUGCAAGAGCUGAGCAAUCGCUGGGAGACGGUGUGCGCCCUUUCCGUCACCAAGCAGACCCGCCUGGAGCAGGCCCUGAAAAAGGCGGAGGACUUCCGUGCGGCGGUGCAGAUGCUGCUGGAGUGGCUGUCUGAGGCGGAGCAGACCCUGCGUUUCCGCGGCGUCCUCCCCGAGGAGGCGGAGACUCUGCAGAAGCUGCUCCACACGCACCGGGACUUCAUGGCCACGGUGGAGGAGAAGCGGGCGGACGUCAACCGGGCGGCGUGCAUGGGCGAGGGCAUCCUGACCAUGUGCCACCCCGACUGCAUCACCACCAUCAAACACUGGAUCACCAUCAUCAGGGCCCGCUUCGAGGAGGUGCUGACAUGGGCCAAGCAGCACGAGCAGCGCCUGGAGACAGCUCUCACCGAGCUGCUCAACAACGCCACGCUACUGGAGGAGCUGUUGUCAUGGCUACAGUGGGCGGAGACCACCCUGGUCCAGCGAGACACCGAGCCCCUCCCCCAGGACAUCACCCAACUCAAAACUCACAUCACCGAACACCAGGUGUUUAUGGAGGAGAUGACCAGGAAGCAGCCGGACGUUGACAAAGUGACCAAGACGUACAAGAGGAAGCCAGCAGAGCCUCCUAGCAGCCUAGCCGAGAGGAGAGGAGCACGUAAAAACCAACAACAUCAACAACAACAACAACAGCAGCAGCAACAGGCAGCAAUGCAGGUUGCCGGGGGCAACCCGCGCCUCAACCAGCUGUGCUCCAGGUGGCAGCAAGUCUGGCUGCUCGCCCUCGACCGUCAACGCAAGCUCAACGACGCGCUAGAUAGGCUGGAGGAGCUGAAGGAGUUCGCCAACUUUGACUUUGACGUGUGGAGGAAGAAGUACAUGCGCUGGAUGAACCACAAGAAGUCCCGGGUCAUGGACUUCUUCAGGCGCAUUGACAAGGACCAGGACGGCAAGAUCACACGCCAGGAGUUCAUAGACGGCAUACUGGCCUCUAAGUUCCCCACCAGUAAGCUGGAGAUGAUGGCGGUGGCGGACAUCUUCGACCGGGACGGCGAUGGCUACAUCGACUACUAUGAGUUUGUGGCAGCACUGCAUCCCAACAAGGACGCUUACCGGCCAACUACUGACGCCGAUAAGAUAGAAGACGAGGUGACCAGACAGGUGGCUCAGUGUAAGUGUGCUAAGAGGUUCCAGGUGGAGCAGAUUGGAGAGAACAAGUACAGGUUCUUCCUUGGAAACCAGUUCGGGGACUCCCAACAGCUCCGCCUGGUUCGUAUCCUGAGGAGCACGGUCAUGGUCAGGGUGGGCGGAGGAUGGAUGGCCCUUGACGAGUUUCUGGUCAAGAACGACCCCUGCAGAGUGCAACAUCCCGGACUUAAGAUCCUCCGCUCCGACUCGAGUAGCUCCAUAUCAUCUCGUAUACUAGCACGGGGUCGAACGAACCUGGAGCUGAGGGAGAAGUUCAUCCUGCCAGAGGGGGCGUCGCAGGGCCUUGCAGCGUUCCGCUCGCGCGGCCGGCGCUCCAAACCGGGCUCCCGCACCGCCUCGCCCACACGCUCCUCCUCCUCGGCCUCGCACAGCGCCCACAGCUGCGCCUCGCUGCCCUCUGCUCCGGCCACGCCCACAGCCUCCGCCUCCUCCAGGUCCUCCCACACUCACUCGCGUGACUAUGCCAAGCCCUGGCUGGCACACAGUAAAACUCCAACGCCAACCAAGUGCCAGUCCUGCCCUGAUCACGGUCACAUCACCCCUGGGCAUGAGGGGGCAGUGUCAGGCUCCAAGCUCAAAAGGCCCACCUUCCACUCUAGCCGAGGGUCUCUGACGGGGGAGAACGGAGGAGCCACGCCCGCCUCGGCCAAGCCUGGACGCAGCGACCCCAAGCGUGGGCCUUCCUCUGCCAGCGGUCACGUCAGCCGAGCGGGCAGCCGUGCCAGCAGCCGGCGUGGCAGCGACGCCUCUGAUGCCUCGGAGCUCAUGGAGACGCGCUCGGCGUGCUCGGACACCUCGGACACGCCCAGGCGCCCAGGGGGAGCGGCCAAGCCCUCCAAGAUCCCCACUAUCUCCAAGAAAGCUCCCAGCCCCAAAAACCCAGGCUCCACCUCCUCCGCCAGGAAGUAGAGAUGGAGACAGAGAUGUGUUUGUCAUCCCAUCCAUCCUCCCUUUCUUCCAUUGGACCCCUUGUUGACUCACACACAAAGAGAGAGAAAAGGAAUGCGGGAUGGAGAAAGAGAGAGAGAGAACUCGUAGAACAGACUUUCCCCACUCACAUUAACAUUGUACAGAGGAGAUGGACUACUGGCACUAUUGAAAGGGUCAUGCGAUCCUAUCAUCCACCCAUAGGGCUUGGACACAGAAUACCUUAUGGGCUGAAGGAAUAGAGAGAGAGAGGAUAGAAGGUAGAAAAGAUGACUCUUUCUCUCUGUCCCUGUACACACUCUAAAAUACUGACAGGGGAAGAUGUAGGAGGGGACCCAAGUCUGUGAUAUGGGGUGGGGGUGGGGGGGGCAGGAGCGUGUGGUAAGACAGUCAGGCACCAAACUUGACCCCUUUAAAUCACCCCUGUUCCCAGUUUGCCUUCCAGUCUACCAUGUUUUCUUUCGUAAUGGGACUGAGUUCUGGAACGUCCUCCGAGGUUCUCAAGGGGUUGUACGAGAGACUGCCUUACGUUGAGGAACCUCAGAAUUAGAACCCUGCGGAGAACCAAACAGACCAACCAGCCAGCAGAGGAACAUGACGCUGCCUUAUUUGUGUUUGACAUUUCUGCUCUUACUCUGAUCUGGUAGGAAAUCCUGAGCAGACUACUUUAGAAACAGUAUGGACACACACACGCACGCACACAAACACACAGGUAGUAGGGAAGGACUUCACCACAGUGACUAAAAACAAUAAAUGCCGUAAAGGGACAUUCAGAAGAAGCUGUGGGUGAUGUGGCCUUGUGGGUUCUGUGCCUCACCACGGGUGAAAAGAAAAUAUGCAAUGACUGCCACCGUGUCUCUUCUCUUUUGGAGAGAGGGAGAGAGAGAAAGAGAGAGAUAAAAAGAGA